AUGGUCAGGCAAGGUGGAGUUCACAGCAAUGGAGAAAAUAAGGCCAGGGAAUUCCAGGGUGAAGACUCAAGAGCAGUUCUCAUCCAGUACCAUAGCAUUGAAGAUGUUAAAUGGCGAGUUGCAAAGAAAGUGCAAGAUGUAACAGUUUGGAGAAUACCUUCAGAAGAGUUUAAUGGUUGUCUCUACAAAGCUGAAGGUGUUAUAGUUGACAUUUUUAAUAGAGAAAUAGACCAUAUACGUCCAGGGCCCUGGCACUUGGACUGGGACUGUUUAAUGACUUCAUUGGAUACUUUGGAGCACCUUGAAGAGAAUUGCUGUGUUAUGCUUUAUACUACUGCUAGUCAGCUUUGGAAUAUAAUUUUCCCAAGAGAGUUUGUUGACUUCUACAUGGUGGGCUAUGAGGAAGGACUUUUAUCUUGUGGGAUUCGUCUUGACUGGAGUGAAAAGAGAACAGAAUUUGUUUGUGGAUAUAACCAUACCUGUGGUUGGUGUUGUGUUCCAAUUAAAGACAACACAAACCAGAGCCUUUUGACAGGAUAUAUCCAGACAGCGCUAUGUGGAAUGAUCCCUCAGUCUGCAGUAAAUAUGGCCAUGUCAAGCACUUUAACUAACUUCUAA